AUGAUCUCGGCUUCAGCAACCGCUUCGCCAACAAAUAUAGAGUUUUCGCAUGUUUUUCAUCGUCGUCUCGAUCGUGAACCAUUGCAGGCUGUACGAGCAGAAGGCAAUUAUAUUUAUCUUAAGGAUGGACGAAAACUUCUUGAUGGUGGUGUUAGCGCUGCUGUUACGAGCAUUGGAUACGGCGAUCAACGUGUCAUUGCAGGGAUUGUCGAUCAGUUACAAACUGUUGCUUUUGCACACUCAGGAACGUUUACUAGUAUGGCGGCUGAAGAAUUGGCCGAUGAACUCACCAAAGACAGUGGCAUGAAGAUGGCCUUCUUCGUCAGUGGUGGAUCUGAAGCUGUGGAAUCAGCAAUAAAACUUGCUAGACAAUAUCAUUUAGAAACUAAGCAACCUCAAAGAGUUAACUUUAUUGCUCGUCAACAAAGUUAUCAUGGUAAUUCACUGGGAGCACUAAGUUUAGGUAACCACAAGUCACGUCGAGCUCCAUUUUUACCACUUUUUCCGGUUAAUUUUUAUCAUGUGUCGCCUUGCUUUGCUUAUCGUUACAAGUUGAUUAACGAAUCAGACGAGGCUUAUGUGAAACGCCUCGGUGAUGAAUUGGACGCUAAAUUUCAAGAAUUGGGCCCCAAUACGGUGGCUGCGUUUUUUGCAGAAACAAUUGUCGGUGCCACGAGUGGUUGUACUCCUGCAGUGUCUGGCUAUUUCAAGACAAUGCGUGAAAUAUGUGAUCGACACGGUGCUCUAUUCGUUCUUGAUGAAAUCAUGUGUGGUAUGGGCCGAACAGGCAAAAUGCAUGCAUGGCAAUGGGAGGGACUUACAUCUCCACCCGAUAUUCAACUCAAUGGUAAAGGUCUCGCAGGUGGAUAUGUUCCUCUGGCAGCGGUGCUUAUUUCAGACAAAGUCGCUAACGUCUUUUUCAAUGGUUCACGUGCAUUUAACAAUGGGUACACUUAUCAGUUGCAUGCCGUCGGAUGUAGGGCAGCCUUAGAAGUUCUCAAAGUGAUGAAGGACAAAAGUUUGGUUGAACGAUGCAAUCAGCGUGGACUCUUCUUAGAAAAGACACUCAAAAUGCAGUUAGACGACCAUCCACAUGUUGGCGAUAUUCGUGGUCGCGGCUUGUUUUGGUCUGUCGAAUUUGUCAAGAACAAGCAAACAAAAGAGAUGUAUCCAUCCAACGUUUCAUUUGUUGAUACUAUUGCUAAAGAGUGCAUUCUGCGCGGAGUUGCCUUAUAUCCUGGUUCGAAGGGCACAUUUGACGGUACUACCGGAGAUCAUAUUGUAAUUGCUCCGCCAUUUACAAUUACUGAACAAGAGAUUAUUUUGCUUGUCGAUAUUUUAAAGGGUUCGAUCGAUAUCGUCUUGAAUUCUGCGACUGAACUUUCUUGA